AUGGAGGGUGGAAACGCACGUGUCUUGGAGAAGCUGAAAAUUUCCGAUCAUGAAACCGUAGGAAUCACCAUCGGAACAAGCAGCAUUCACCUGGCUGAACGCAACAAGACCCGGCCUGGAGGACAGCCAGCAACGGAGAUAGUGUUCGGAAAGCCACGAGGAGAUGCUGAAACGGCUAGGCUUUUGAACAACUUCUUUGUUCGGAGUGUGGAGGAGAUACACGAAGGGAUUCCACCGACGACAUUUACGCCUGUUAGCGGAGAAGCGGAACUGGAUGAGCUGAUGAGUGAGUUUGAGCCAAUCACGCUAAGCAAGCUGAAGGAAACAGUUCGGUCACUGAAGGAUUGUGCUGGAGUUCGAAAUGUCACAAAACGGGUCAUGAUGGAUGCUCUGGACGUGGUUGCAGUAGAUCUGUUGGAUAUAGUGAACAAAUCACUGACACGAGGUGAAUUCCCAGCCGCAUGGAAGAAGACUUUAGUGGUUCCCAUCUCAAAAGUUCCAAGAUCCAAGAAGCCAGAAGACCACAGACCGAUCAACAUGCUGCCGCUGUACGAGAAAGUAAUGGAGACAAUCGUGAAGGAACAGUUAAUGUCGUUCAUUGAUCGAACUGGCGUGCUGCUGAAAGAACAAUCUGGUUUCCGGAGGCACCAUUCGUGUGAAUCGGCGCUGAACCUCCUGUUGCUGAAGUGGAAGCAGUGCAUUGAAGAAGGAAGCAUUGUUCUUUCAGUCUUCGUGGAUUUGAAGCGGGCCUUCGAAACCAUUGACCGGAAGAAACUGAUUGGUGUUCUGCAGAAAAGCGGGAUUCGUGGUACGGUGCUGAGAUGGUUCAUCAGCUACCUAGACAACCGGAAGCAGGUCACGAAAUACAACAGCGCGGUCUCACCAGAAACGUCAGUAAAUCUUGGAGUACCACAAGGUAGCGUGCUAGGGCCACUGUUGUUUAUACUGUACAUAAAUGACAUCAAACAGGCAUUGAGGCGAACACAGGUUAACCUGUUUGCUGAUGACACAGUGUUGUUCGUGGUUGGUGACAGCUUUGAUGAAUGCUUCGAUGUCAUGAAUGAAGAGUUGGUCGGUUUCUCGGAGUGGUUGAAGUGGAAGAAGCUGCAGCUGAACAUUGCGAAGACAAAGUGCAUGGUGGUGACGACACGGCAGACCAACGAGUGCAGGAGGCGGGUGCAGAUGGAUGGUGGAAGCGUCGAGCGGCAUUUCAGACUGGCAGCCAUCGUGCUGCUAUCGGCAGCCGUGUUGGCCGCUAAGGAGCCACAAAAGCCGAAACCUACCAAGGCCACACCCGUGACUGCUUCACCAAAAGCACCAGCCAAAACUCCCCAUGGAAAACGUGAAGCUCCGGUCGGAUACGGUCACAUGGAUUACAUCCCACCAAGUCAUCCCGGAUACAGUUAUGGCAUUGCGCAGCCCUCGUUCAACUUGCCACAGUACUCGGGCCACAAAUACUUUGGCAUGCCGUCGUACAAGUUUGCUGCCGCUCCGCAGAGUUCAUAUUUUGCUCCGGUCAGCCAGCAUGGGUUCAAUUCGCUCGCGGACAGUUCGGUAAAAUAUAGCAUUGGCUCGAAGGAACUUGCCGAGCUGAUCAAGGCGCUGCACUCACCGAGUCCAGCGAUUUCGAUCAAGGCCGUCCCCACGGGUCAUGGCUGGGAUACACCGUACAACUAUGACGCGUUUGCCCACUAUAAGCCAACAAUGUACAAAGUUCAUGAGAUCUCUCCAUCCUAUGGAGCUCCGUUGGCAACACCCUACCUUCCACCGAGUUAUGGUAUUCCUCAACAACCAUCAGAACCAACGUAUCCCACUGGAGUCAAGGGAGUUAGGCACUACGCAUCAUCGGUCAAUGCACCCGUUCCGGACAUCUACUCCGGAAACAAGUACAUCUCGGCCAUCAAGCCAAUAAACGUCCACACUCCGGCCCAGGUUGUAUCCCCGUUGCACACCUCGAUCCAUGCCCAGAAACCGUUCAAACCUUCAACCUACCUUGGAUCUUCCAACGACAUCUCCGAUUAUACCCAAACCCAAACCCCCACUUCAUCAUCCGCUCACAAUGCAUACCUUGCCCCUACUCUGCAGUACCUUCCACCGGCCAAACCCCAGAACAAAAUAACCUUUGACCAGCCCUCCAAGUCCUACCUGCCACCAGUUCCAGUCAAAACCAACAACGGAUAUCUACCACCCCCUAAACCAGCCAACACGUACCUUCCAGUAGCAUCUCCCAACCACAACUACAUUCCGGUGACCUCGAACGAUGACAACGUCAAGCACUACCAACAUCUGCAACCACCGCACAGCUCGGAAGAGUCCAACGAAUCCGCGUACGAUUACCACGCGUCGGCCCCGUCCGGCUCUACGGCCAAGCCUCACCACCACCCGUGGCAGCCCUAGACGAUGGGACGCUGUCCUGCCGUCGAUCAAGCCCUACUGCGGAAAAUCAUCCAAAGACUUUAAUAUAUUUUGCUGUUGUUGUUCGAAGACUCCGAAACUAGGUGACUGAAUCCCACGGUGAUGACGCACGUUCUUCCCCUCUCCCAACGCAAGCAUUUAAUCUUAAUUUUUUGGCCGAUAAGUUAUUGUUCCCUUCUAAGGCUUACCCUAGGUUUAAGAGAUCCUUGUCGAAAUGUGAUGCACUGAACACUGAACAAACGCCAUCCGGAUAGGGUCGUAAUAUAUAAUGCCAUUUUCUUUAUAUCGUGCACUGUGAAUGCGGAAUUAAUCGAACGAACAAAAAAGGCGCGAUUCUUGCGCAACGAUAAAGUGAACUAAUCUUACAGAAUUAUGCAUGAAGUAAUUCUAGCGAU